AUGCAUUUGUCCACCGUGUUCAAGUUCACCAGUACGCUCUUGGCUACACAAGCUCAGGCCUACUUACACUCUGGCUUUGCCUUCAAACCCUCUACCGUCGGUCUUCAGAGGGCUCAGCUGGUAAGAAGUAUGCUCCACGUGAUUCUGUGCUUGCUAAUAUCCGAACUUCUGGACGCGAAGAUUGAUCCACUUCCGCUUCCUUUUAACUUCAACACUUCUAACAGCGAAAUUGCCCACGCAAGCAACUCGUGGUGGAUUUCUUCCUUCGUCCACGGAGACAACAACCACCAGUACAUGAUCUUGUCUCAUGUCCUUGCCACCGGCGCCUAUUCGAUCUAUCGCGGUUCGAUCUAUGACAUUACCGAACCCGACUUUGUCCAAUUUACGACAACAACCACUGACAGCGGUCUUCUUGAUAACAGUCAGAAUGGCGGCUUCAAUAUCACUACCAACGACUUCUUCUUCGGCUCCUCGCUCCCUGGAAACGCCACCGAGCAGCUCCGGACCGCCAGCACAAACUCCGACGUGCAGUUCGAUAUUACCUUCGACCUUUCCGCACCUGUUAUCUUCAACACCGGUAAUGGCGGCCUUUUCCAGUUUGGGAUAGAUCAGACAGGCGAGUGGUCCAUGCCAGCCGGCAGCACGACCGGCAGCUUAGUCCACAAGGGCAAGACCAUUUCCAUCGAUACAGACCAUUCUUUCACCUGGUACGACCGCCAGUGGAAUAUCGGUGCUCCUGCUAGCUUAAACUGGACCUGGUUCCAGCUGCACGUGAGCUCUCACCACUUGGAAUCCCCUCGGCUGUUGUCUAUAUGGAGCUAUGAUAGCAAUGACGUCGGCCAUCGUCAGUGGGCAACCACCCAGUCCACCCCUGGCGUCAGCAAUGUCAUGCCCGUGAAGGCCUACGAGCCCUUUGGCCCAAAUUGGGUCUCCCCAAACUCCAACAAUACCUACUCGCAGAGUUGGGAGAUCGUUCUACAGGACAACACACGUCUCACUGUCAAGUCCACCCACGAGGACCAAGAGCUUCGCUCCGAUACGUUUGUUACUUACGAGGGGUUCGUCACCGUCACCGGCGUUGGACCCAAUGGUGAGCCAGUUUCUGGCUACGGAUUGGUUGAGAUCCAGCCUCCGAUUUAA